GCGGAGUUGCCGGCUUGCUCAGUUUGCUCCGACGCCUCAAGCCCUGCAAGAGCUCGUGCUGAGAGAGCAUCGCGACGCGUCUCGGAUUUCACACUCGCUCUCGGAGCGCGUGCGAAUUUCACACACGCGUGUGUGCGCUUAUUAUAUACUAAACACGAUUCUACAUUCGACUAUACUUAGUAUCGCAGUCGAGCUGUGCUUUUCCGGAGAGAAGGAUGUGAAUUGGAGACUCGGGAGAUAGCGAGAAGUUGACGAUGCCGGCGUAGUGAGAGAGAGAGAGAGAGAGAGAGAGAGAGAGAGAGAGAGAGAGAGAGAGAUAGAGAGAGAGCAGCUAUAACCGAUCGUCCCCCCCUGCAUUUGGGCAUCUUUUUUCUUCGUCCGCGUCGACGAGAAGAAAUAUACGCUGUGCGGGUGCUCUCUACUGCUGACUUCGCGUGCUUUUGUAGGUUAUGAGAGAGAGCGGUAGAACCGGUAAACAGUGUUACUUUUUUGCGUGUUGACGUGGUGCCGGUGUUGCUAAAAAGUGCUGUUCUAUAGUGCAAGUUCCAGGAGCAUCGUUCUCUCCACUUCUCGGAAUCGCGCAGUUUUCUCAGUCAGGUACGUUGGACGUCUACGACUCUCAUUUCUCACAGCGUACCGCUGCAGCUGCGCUGUUAUACUGGGUGUAUGCGUGCGAGAACUGCCUUGGAAUUUGACGGGCAACCGGUUUGGAAAGGGGGAGCGUAAAGAGCGAGAGAGAGAGAGAGAGAGAGAAAUACUUCGUCGCUGCACAGCCGGGGACACACAAAUCGGCGAGAACGAGGCGUAUCAAACUAAUUGGAAGCUCAACGUAAUUUAAUACAGAAAGCAUCAUUCGCCAGAUGGCUUCCCGUCGGCAUUGAUGUAGAAUCCACUCCCACGAAUCUUCUAUAUAUCGUAGCUCUCAACAGAGGCGAUUUCGAGAGAAAAAAAUUGCGAAUCCACGACGACUGGUGCCGGGAGUGCUGUGAAAGAGGGGGUGGUGAUAAGAAAGAAUGAGAGAUAGGGCUGUCACUAUGACUCCCAUCUUCCUUGUUCUGUUGGUGGUGAUCGACCCUCUAAUCGCGCAGGAUAGUGAGAACAACAGCAAUUCAGGAUUCAUCACGUACCUGUCAAGUCCGCCGAGGUUCAUCCAGAAGCCGCAGUCGCAGAUGGUGAAGAAUGGCGGCAUCGCGAGCUUCUUCUGCAGCGCCUCGGGCUCACCUCCGCCUCAGAUAUUCUGGCGCAAGAACAACAAGAAAAUCAUGUCGACGAACCAGUCGAAUCGAUUCAUGGUCUAUCCAUACGAGAACGGCACCUUGCUGCGAAUCGAGCCAGUGAGAUCGAACCGUGACGCCAUCGCGUACGAGUGCCUGGCCGAGAACGGAGUCGGCGAUGCAGUAUCGGCAACCGCGAGCCUCACCAUUUACGAAGUCGACAAGCUGCCGAAAGGCUUCCCGAUGAUCACCCAAGCGCCGACGACGAAGGUCGUGGAAAAGGGUCACAACGCCCAGCUCUCGUGUUCGGCGAUGGGUUCACCUAUGCCGAUCAUCUCCUGGAUGAGAAAUCAACUGCCCAUCGACACGUCGAAUCCGCGAUACGUCGUUCUCGAAUCUGGAGCGCUGCAGAUCACGGACUCCGAUCCCGACGACCAAGGCAAGUACGAGUGCGUGGCGACCAACAGUGUGGGCACCGAGUACUCGAAAUCCACCCAGCUUUACGUCAAAAUACGACGAGUAUUGCCGCACUUCUCGCGGCAGCCCGAUCCCGUGGUCGAGGUGACGUUAGGCGAGUCGACGAACCUGACGUGUGUCGCGUACGGUUCGCCGAUGCCUUACGUCAAGUGGCGCAAAGAACCGGCCACCGAUCUCACGCCUGACAAUCAGAUGCCACCGAUCGGUAAGAACGUGCUGCACCUCAAGAACGUCCACGAGUCGGCCAAUUACACCUGCAUAGCUCAAAGCGAUCUGGGCGUCAUCAACACCACGACCUACGUCAAAGUUCGCUCUUUGCCUCUGGCUCCGGAGAACGUGCAAGUAUCGGAGAUAACGGCGACUUCGGUGAAGCUCACCUGGUCCUACAAGGGGCCGGAGUCGCUCGCUUAUUACGUGAUCCAGCACAAGCCGAAGCACGCCCACCAGGCGUAUGCCGAGAUAUCGGGCAUAACGACGAUGUACUACAUGGUGCGGAGCCUCAGCCCUUACACCGAGUACGAGUUCUUCGUCAUCGCAGUCAACGACAUCGGACGUGGACCGCCAAGCUCACCAGUGGUCGUUACCACUGGCGAAACCACGGAAUCAACAAAUGGAGGUGCCAAACCUGGUAGCGCACCUAGACGAGUACAGGUUCGCCCUCUGAGUUCGACCACCGCGUUGAUCCAGUGGGACGAGCCGGAGACACCCAACGGACAAGUGACGGGCUACAAGGUCUACUACACGACGGACUCGGGCCAGCCGAUGUCGAAUUGGCAGUUCCAGACGGUGGACAACAACCAGCUAACCACGAUCUCGGAUCUGACGGCCCACGCUAUCUACACGAUUCGCGUUCAAGCACUCACGAGCGUUGGCCCGGGACCACUGAGUUCCCCCGUGCAAAUAAAGACGCAGCAGGGAGUACCGAGUCAGCCUGAAAUGCUGCAGGCCGUCGAGGUCGGCGAGAACAAGGUCACGCUCAAGUGGAACAAACCGUCCAUCAGCGCGGAAAACAUACUCAGCUACGAGCUGUACUGGAACGACACGUACGCGCAGGAAAAGCACCACCGCAAAAUUCCGGUAGCGGAGAAUUACACGCUGACGAAUCUCUAUCCAAACACGUUGUACUACGUGUGGCUGGCUGCGCGCAGCCAGCGCGGCGAAGGUGCGACGACGAUACCACUACCAGUACGCACGGAACAGUAUGUCCCCGGGGCUCCGCCUCGCAAUGUAACCGGCCUACCGACCAGUCCGACGUCCAUACUGGUCAAAUGGGAGCCUCCGCCAGUCGAGCGCUCCAACGGCCGGAUCGUUUACUACAAGCUGCAUUACGUGGAGAACGGCCGCUCGGACUCCGAGUCGUCGAUUGUAACGCUGAACGGCACGGAAUUCGUGCUCGACGAGCUGAAAAAAUGGACCGAGUAUAGGAUCUGGGUGGUGGCUGGCACAAGCGUCGGCGACGGCCCGCCUAGCUACCCCAUUACAGUUCGAACUCACGAAGACGCUGUUGAAAUACCGGGUGAUCCUCAGAACGUGAAGGCUACGCCGAUUAACGCGACGGCGAUAUACGUGGAGUGGGAGCCACCGAAAUCCAAAGAGCGCAAUGGCAUCAUUCGAGGCUAUCACGUUCACGUGCAGGAGGUUAGCGAGGAGACAAAGAACCAGUUGAACGACCCGAUACGAAGCAUAAGUCUCGAGGAAGACGUGCUGCACGUAAACAUAAGCGGCUUGCAGCCGGACACUCGCUACGACGUCCAAGUGGCUGCUCUGACUCGUAAAGGCGACGGCGCACGCUCGAUCCCGGUCAGUGUGAAAACUCCCGGUGGCGUCCCCAGCAGACCCUCGUUGAUCAUCAAAACCAUAAGCCGAGAAGACCCGAUCGAGAUGCAGCUUGACUGGACGAGACCUACCCAGACUUACGGCCAGAUCCUGGGCUACAGGAUACGAUACGGUAUCAUCAAUCAGACCCUCAAGGAGGUCUUCCUCGAGGGCGACAGCGUCCACAGCUACAGGAUCAAGGAUCUUGAGGAACGAGGGGUGGACUACGAGUUCCGAGUGGCUGGCAAGAACGAGGUGGGUUUCGGCCAGGAGCAGGUGCGCAACUGGUUCUCUCAAGAGGGUGCGCCUACGGGUCCGCCGACGAACCUGUCCUUCCACUUCCAGACGCCCGAUACCGUCUGUGUCACCUGGGACCCGCCGCAGCAGAAGUUCAGAAACGGAAAGAUCGUCUCCUACAACGUGCAGUUCCACAAGAAGAGCGACCACACUAGCGAGGUUACGCGCAACAUCACCAAGACUCGAGCUGUCUUCACGAAUCUCGACGAGAACACCGAGUACGUGUUUCAUGUAAAGGCUUACACAUCCCGCGGCGGCGGCCCGUAUUCUGAGAAGAUUACCAUACUCACUGACAAGGAUAUCGGCAGGGCGCCCAUGUCUGUCAAAGCUAUCGCUACAUCGGAUUCCAGCGCCGAGGUUUGGUGGGAGCCGGUGCCGAACCGCGGCAAGAUAAUCGGCUACGAGAUCUUCUACACGAUGACAGCCGUUGAGGAUCUCGAUGAGUGGAAGAACAAGAGCGUCGGGCUGACCGAGUCAGCGGACCUCAUGAAUCUGGAGAAGUAUGCACAGUACGCGGUGGCGGUGGCCGCUCGCUACAAAAACACAGCCAACGGCCAGAAUAGCCUGGGUCGUCUGAGCGAUAAGGCGACAGUGAAAGUCUGGCCAGAGGAAGUGCCCCUCGAGCUGCAAGCUCCUGAGGUCUCGACCCACUCAAUGAUGCUCCGUUGGAAGCCGCCCAUCCGUCUCAACCCGGCCAACUACCAGGUGAGCUUCGACGCCGUCAAGGAGUUCGUCGACUCGCAGGGCAUUACCCAGACUCAGGUGAUCCCGAAGAAGGUCAUUCUUCUCGACGCCCAGAUCCUCGAGGCCAAGAUUACAGAGCUGCAACCGUUCACCACAUACAACGUGAACGUUAGCGCGGUUCCACCAAACAACGAGUACCGACCGCCUUCUCGGAUCACCGUCACCACGCAGAUGGCCGCGCCCAAGCCGAUGGUCGGACCUGCCUUCUACGGCGUCGUCAAGGGCGAGGAGAUCCAGGUUAUCCUGCCACAAGCCUCCGAGGAGUACGGACCCAUAUCGCACUACUACCUCAUCGUCGUGCCCGAGUCGACCGAGACCAUGAACAAGAAUCCCGAUGAAUUCACCGAGGAUCUCAUCGUCGGGAAGAACGCCAAGGACGACGACGAAAAUAAGCCUUAUAUCACCGCCAAGUUCCCCCACAGGGACAUACCCUACACCUUCCAUCUCGGUGACGGUGGAAGCUACGAGGGCUACAUCAAUAGAAAGCUGGAGAAGGAUAAGAAGUACAGGAUAUUCGUGAGGGCCAUUGUCGAUACUCCGAGAAAGCAUCUGUAUACGUCGUCGCCGUUCUCCGAAUACCUGUCCCUGGACAUGAGGGAACCUCCCCCAGGCGAUCCACCACGUCGUCCAAACCCCGACGCGCCGAUCGACGGUAAUCCAGAAGUAUCGGUCGAUAUUAGCGGCCAGGAGCCGGGUAUGGUAUGGGUCGUGGGCCCCAUUAUCGCAGCACUGAUGGUCAGCGUUUGUUUGGUCCUGUUAUUUGUUAUCAAAAAACGCAGACAGCCGUGCAAGGCGCCAGAUCAGACCGCGGUCACGCGUCCGCUCAUGUCUGCCGACAUAAGCUCGAAUCAUGCUCCGUCCGAUCCCGUGGAGAUGCGCAGGCUCAACUUCCAGACCCCGGGCAUGAUCUCUCACCCGCCGAUUCCCAUAAGCGAACUGAGCAAUCAUAUCGAGCGACUGAAAGCAAACGACAAUCUCAAGUUCAGCCAGGAGUACGAAUCGAUCGAACCUGGUCAGCAGUUCACCUGGGACCACUCGAACAUGGAGGUCAACACCUCGAAGAACCGCUACGCCAACGUUAUAGCCUACGAUCACUCGCGAGUCAUCCUCCAAACGGUCGAUGGCAUCCCCGGCUCGGACUAUAUAAACGCCAACUACUGCGACGGCUACAGAAAGCAGAACGCAUACGUAGCAACACAGGGUCCUUUACAGGAAACCUUCGCCGAUUUCUGGAGAAUGUGCUGGGAGCUCAGAUCCAGUACGAUUGUCAUGAUGACCAAGCUCGAGGAGAGGACGCGCAUCAAGUGCGAUCAGUACUGGCCGACCCGUGGCACUGAGACCUACGGACAGAUGCAGAUCACGAUAAGUGACGUGCAGGAACUCGCCACUUACUGCAUCCGCACCUUCCAGGUCUGUAGACACGGCUACUCGGAACGUCGCGAGAUCAAGCAGCUCCAGUUCACCGCCUGGCCGGAUCACGGAGUGCCUGAGCACCCGGCGCCAUUCUUGCAAUUCCUGCGCCGUGUGCGUACCCUUAACCCGACUGAUAGCGGCCCUCUGAUUGUCCACUGUAGCGCCGGGGUCGGCCGCACUGGCUGCUUCAUCGUCAUCGACUCGAUGCUCGAGCGCAUCAAGCACGAGAAGACCAUAGACAUCUACGGCCACGUAACGUGUUUGCGAGCACAGCGCAACUACAUGGUUCAGACCGAGGACCAGUACAUCUUCAUUCACGACGCAUUGCUGGAAGCCGUUAUCUGUGGUAACACGGAGGUUCCGGCCAGAAACUUGCAUUCGCACAUACAGAAGCUCAUGCAACCAGAGAUUGACAACAUAACCGGCAUGGAGCUGGAGUUCAAGAAGCUGUCGAACAUCAAGUCUGACUCGACGAGAUUCAUAUCGGCAAAUCUGCCCUGUAACAAGCACAAAAAUCGACUAGUCCACAUUUUGCCUUACGAGUGUACCAGGGUAUGCCUACAGCCCCAAAGAAAUAUCGAGGGCUCGGAUUACAUUAAUGCGAGCCUCAUCGAUGGCUAUCGGUAUCGAAGUGCUUACAUUGCCACUCAAGGCCCGCUGAGCGACACGACCGAUGACUUCUGGCGCAUGCUUUGGGAGCACAAUUCGACGAUCGUUGUUAUGCUGACCAAGCUGAAGGAGAUGGGUCGCGAAAAGUGUCACCUCUACUGGCCGUCUGACCGUACGAUUCGCUACCAGUGCUUCGUCGUCGAUCCGAUCGCCGAGUACAACAUGCCCCAGUACAUACUUCGCGAGUUUAAGGUGACCGAUGCGCGCGACGGCUCAAGCCGCACGGUGCGACAGUUCCAGUUCAUCGACUGGCCAGAGCAGGGUGUGCCCAAGUCUGUCGAUGGAUUCAUCGACUUUAUUGGUCAGGUGCACAAGACGAAGGAGCAGUUCGGCCAGGAUGGUCCGAUUACGGUGCACUGUAGCGCUGGCGUUGGCAGAACUGGCGUAUUCAUUACGCUCAGCAUCGUUCUCGAGAGAAUGCAGUACGAGGGUGUCGUCGACAUUUUCCAGACCGUGAGAAUACUGCGCACCCAGCGUCCAGCUAUGGUUCAGACCGAGGAUCAAUACCAGUUCUGCUACCGCGCGAGUUUGGAGUACUUGGGGUCAUUCGAUCACUACGCCAACUGACAGCCAGAAAAUCGCGAGCUGAGGGAACCUGCCAGGGAUCGCAACGAUCGCCCGAGGAGUCGCGACCACACGAUCGAACGGGCAGCCAAGGUGCGCAAGGUCUAGUGGUACGACGAGUCGUCGUCUCCGCCGCUACGCCGACGUCAUUACCAUCGUCCACCACCGUCAUCGGGUUUCUCUGCGAGCGAAUUCGACGAGUCUUAAUUGCGUAUCGUUAACAAAAGUAGUCCAACAGUUUUUGAAGCAAAGGGUAAAUAGAAAAACAUUGCAAAUAUAUCCUUGCGGAUAAUGCAUUAGUGUAAAGUACGUUAGAGGGGAUGUCUUACCGAUCCCUUCGGUAAUAAUAGCGCGCGAAAUUAUCGCCAAUUCGACGAUGUAAACAAGAGCUUUACUUACUGUUUCACUCAUAUGCACAUCGCGCAAAUCCUCGAAGUUUAAGGUUCUCUCGUGUACGAACCUUGCGCAUCGAAGCAAGUUAGCGUUUAAGUAAGACAAUGAAUUCUCUGCAAUUCCAGUACAUAUCUCAAACGUAGCAGAAAAAAGUAAACGUGAAAAAAAGUUUACAGAUUUUUUUGGAAUUUAUACGUACCUUUUUCGAGACCCCUUUACGAACAUUCCUACCUUAUACAAGUAGACUUCUAGAAACGUAGUUUUACGUAACGACCAUAUCGUUUUUAUGCUAUAAAACCCAAGAGUGGGUUCGAUACCAGAAGCAAUUAAGCACUUGAGUGAAAUUUUAUUUCUAAAUUUAAAUGAUUGAAAUUAUGAGUCAAGAAUAGUAUAUUGUUCUUUUACGUAACGCAUUCUCGAGUCAGGGUCAACAUUUAUGAUCUCGAGAAAGUUAUGUAAAAUUAUAAUUUAUCUGUUCAGCGUUUCUUGUUGAAUGAGAAUUUAAUUUUAGAAUGAAAUUUCUGUAUGUGGAACCAGACCUGCGCUAAAUGAUGGGUAUCGCGUGCCUUCCUUAGUAACUUGGUCUUGAGCUACAAAGGCACCGGCUCAUUUCGUCGGUCAAACUACCCUCGCAAUUGUAAUCGUCAACGCCAAUACAAAUGACGUAAUUCCAAAAAAAUACUGUUACCAUCCAAUUGAAUGACGUUCAAAAAAAAGUAUAAUUUCUCAUGAAGUAUAAAAGAAAAAGGUUAUACGCAAGUUUACUUGUGGACAAUGAAUGAAACACGAUGUCAUACUGCCAAAUCGACAAUUAUUAACAAAAAGAAAAAAUGCUAUACCCAUUAUUAAAGAUAGAGAACCCCCUCAAUACCUAACGUAACAUCAUUUUUAGUGUGUAAGUAAUCAUUGUAAUUUUAGCCAGUUAAGUGAAGAGCCAUUAGGAAUGUGUGGCGAAAAUAAGAUGAAAUAAUGAAAUUGCGUGCGAUUGUGCAAAGAAUUAGACGCCAUCGCGUUCCGCUCGAUUAUUUAGUUGAGUAGCGGAAAGCGAGUGCGCGCAAAUUUGUGUGAAUAAGUAAUGAAUCUUAACGGAUAGUGGCACUGAAUGUUGAAAUCACGGAUGGUUGUUGUCCCGUGGCUUUCGUCGUCCACCGUCACAUGUACAAAGUAUAAAUGCUUCUUCGUUCAUAGGUCAUUUCACAUUCUUUUGGAUAAUUUUAUCCAUAUAUAAAGAAUCAGUCCUUUAUUGGCUUGAAAUGUAUUAUACAACUAUCCAGAAAAAAGUCUAGUAUAUUUAUUAUGUUUAUGUGUAAAUAUGUGUAAUUAAAGUUAAUGUAAAAAUUAGUUUGAAGUUGAAUUUAAGAAAUUAAAGAUUAAUUUCGUUUGUAAAAACUUCUUUUAUCUGUUAUAUGGACUUACAUGUACUUAUUUCUAUUUCAUGAAAAGACACUCAAAUAUGUCUUGAAAAAUUGUCAGUUAAUGUUAUACAUGCAUGGGUAUACCAAGUCGUACAUAAUGUUGAAUGUACUUAUUUUAAUUUUACCUUCACACUGACUUGACAUACUGUUAAAUGUUAUAUGCACUUUUUUCUGGAUAUGUGCUAAACGUCUAAACAUUUUCAGAUUACUCUAUUAGAAAAAAAAUGAAAAUUUUGAUCGAAGAUGCAAUAUUGAUCAAUAUGUAUAUGUACGAUUUGUUUUUGUAAAAAAAUCACUUUUGUCUUUGAAGACAAUAAGCUUGAAGAAUUUAACACUUUAUGACUUUUAUGGUAUGAUGUGAUUGAACGCAACCUAAGUAAUAUUAAGAAGCAAUAAAAAAAUUGAUUGGAAUAUCUUUUGAAAUGUCACAAUGAACUGCAAUAAAAAAAAAUUACAUUCCAUGAAAUAUAUUAAACAAUAGGAACGAUUACCAUAUCAUUUAUUUUGUACAACAUAAUAAGAAACUGAUAGUAUUUAUUAAAAUUGUAUUAUUAAGGCCGCUCGUGUAAGACCUUGAAGUAAUCUUAGUUAAUGAAAAUUUACUUGUGAAAUGCGUUUAGUCAUAUUGUCGCACUAUGAGUAUGCGGAAUAAGAAUAAAGAAGAAGCGGACGCGAAAA